CAGACACUACUACUACCACUACAGCCGCCGUAACCAUGGUGGAUGUCCCCACAGAUCCCGCGACCGAGUCGAAGCUCGAGGUUGAUCCCUCCACAGUCGAGACCAAGACCGACGCCAAACCCAGCGUGCAGGUGACAGACAAAUCGACUACCAGCAGCAAGAAAGCUGCCGUCUGCAAGAAGCACCCCGGGAAGGAGCCUGGUUCUGGGGGCCGGAAACGCGAUCGGAAGGGUCGCAAGGGCCGGAAACACGCCGGCAGCCCUAGCGGCGCAGAUAGCUCCUCCGAGGCGAAUUCAGCAUCAGAGAGUUCAACUGCCAGUGUUUCGGAGUCAGAAGACGAGGCGUCCUCCGAGUCGGAGUCGGAGCCCAACAAGAAUACCAAACAGAGGCGGAAACAGAAGCAAAAGACCAAGGCGAAGAAAGAUCUGAAGAGCAAGAAGAAGACCCGGUUGCACAAGGAAGAGACCGAGUCGGACUCGGAGAGUGAGGACAGAGAAGCUAGCGAUUCCUCGCUCGACGAAAAGACGUUGAGGAAAGAACAUGCGAGGCUCAAGGCCAAGCGGAAAGCACGACAGCAACGCAUCAAGGAUGAAUCCACCGAAGAUCAGCAGGAGGAGGAGGAGGAAGAUGCCUCCAGCUCAGAUGAUAUGGAUAUUUUGCUGGCCAAAGAGAAGCUAGCGGCCCUGAAGCUCAAAAGGGCGAGUGCGCGCAGGCAGAAAGGGCGGUCAUCAAAUCGAAAAAGCACCAGACGAUCCCACCAUGACGGGCAUGGAGACGGGCAGAAGGGCCAAAAGGCCAAGGCUAGGAGGAAAAAGGCCUCCAAGGUUGCCUUUAAGCGAGUUGACCAACUAUGGGAUAACACGAUCCAUAACUAUAAGCUGACCGAGACGGUCGAUGAUCCGGGUGCCGAUGAGUGGGAUCAGUACAUCUUUACAGUCCGACGAAGAUUUGACUGGGAGAACAAGUACGUGGAAACGGUAGUGGAUAUCAAGAGCAAGCACCUCCGCGAUGCCCUGUCCAAGGUCAUGGACGGCGUCAAAGGAGUCAGCUUAGUCCAGGAGACCGCGGCGGUAGAUCCCAACAUGCUCUUCUUGUACCUCGAGGAAACCCGUCAGUACAUGAAAGAGCUGAAACAAUUGUCCAAGACGGAGAAGAAAAAGAAGAGCAAGAAGGCUGCGGCCACGAAAGCAGCACAUCUCAAGAUUUUAAUCAAGUAUCUUGACGAGGACUACGCUGAAACGAAGAAGACCCUGUACCCUUUGCUCGACGCUAGUAUGAUCACGUUUGAUCUACUAUGGGCUUUGUUUAAACCCAACACCAUCGCAUACACACCGACUUAUGGUAACGCGGACGAACCCCGGGCUUUCAAGAUCGAAUAUGCCACAAAGGAAUCUUCUUUCAUGAAAGGUCAGUGGUACAGCAUCGAAGGCCGCUACCUGGAAUACGAUGGCAAGUCGUUCGGUAUGGGAACCAUGGCUGCCGAUGUGGAAUCAUUCAAGGGUGCCCGCAAGAUCACCAGUCUUGCUUGUUAUCCCCUCAAGUACCAUCGGGAAGCGGAAGGGAUCAGGACCAAGUUGAUCGAGCGUGGUAAGAAGUUCGUGGCUCUCAGAGGCAUGAGCUAUCGGUUCCACAAGGGCAUGGCUUUCUUCAAGAAGAAGCGAUCUAUCAUCAAGGUCAACAUCAAUGGCCGGGUUAUGAUCGAUCCAGCCAUUCACCGUCGCAUCAAUCCCAACUAUCCCAUCAGCACGGUCCGCCCUAAAGAUCCCGAUCUCCUAGACGAUUCGGAAAUGGACGAAGAUGACGAGGACUGCUGCUGUGCCAUGUCUGACUCCGAGUCGGAAAACGGGAACGCUCAUCAUCGCCGCCGUGAUUCAGACACUCCCAAGUUCAAAUACAAGGUUGUUCAGGACAAGGAGGGAAAGGCUCAUGUCAUUCAGGUCGAGUUAGAUGAGAACGGCAACGAAAUCCAAAAAGAAAAUCUGGACACAAUCGAGAGUGAAGCCUCAAGCACAUCCGUACCGGAGUUCAGCGAGGAAGAACUCCUGAUUGCCAGUCCUGUAGUGUUGGGAUUUGCAUUCAGUGAAAAGUUGUGGCUUGAGUUCAGCGUUUCUGGCGUCAGUGAGAUUGACUGGAACGAAGAUGCGUUUGAUUCACUGGUCCUCCCCGACAACCAAAAGUCCAUCGUGAAGGCGCUUGUGGAAUCUCACACGUUUAACGCUGCACAGAACAUUGACGAUGUGAUCCAGGGCAAAGGCAAAGGUCUCGUGGCGGUCCUGCAUGGGCCCCCGGGUACUGGCAAAACACUCACUGCCGAGGGUAUCGCGGAAUUGCUCAAGCGACCUCUGUAUAUGGUCAGCGCUGGCGAGCUGGGUACCGAUUCGCGGACCUUAGAAGGCGAACUGAAUAAGAUCCUCGAUAUCGCACACUCCUGGGGUGCCGUCCUUUUGCUCGACGAAGCGGACAUCUUCCUCGAGAAGCGCACCAUCCAGGACAUCCACCGAAAUGCACUGGUCAGCAUCUUCCUCCGCCUCCUUGAGUACUUCCAGGGCAUCCUCUUCCUGACCACCAACCGGGUCGAGACUUUCGAUGAUGCCUUCCAAUCCCGUAUCCACGUUGCCCUCCGCUACGGAGACCUGACCACUAAGGCGAAACGAAGCAUCUGGAAGAUGUUCCUGGAGAAAGUCCAAUCUAUGGAGGGUGUGCAGACCGCCAAAUUUACCGAAAAGGAUUUCGACGCGCUCUCUCGCCAUGCCCUAAACGGCCGCCAAAUCAAAAACUCCGUUCGAACCGCCCAAGCCCUAGCCGUCAACGAAAAGACCCCGCUGUCAAUGCAACAUAUCAAGCGCGUUCUCGAGGUUGCAGAAACGUUUGACAACGACCUACGCGGCGGAACGGGCUACAUCGACGCGAUGAGGAGUUAUACUUAACCCCUCGAAAACCUGGGCGCCCAAAUAUUCUUGUUCUUCUCCUUUUCUUUUGGAAGUUUCUGCCUCUCUCCCUCUCUUCUGCUGCUUUUUUCUCUCCCAGUUUUUCUUUUUCCCCUUUUCGCUUACUUCACUGGCAUUAUGGAUUCGGAUGGUGCAUAAGACGACUUCUAUUUCGAGGUUUCCUUUUCCUUCUUCAUGAUUCUUUACGCUGGC